AUGAAUUCUUUCUCGAUGAACACACUCGCAAAGGCCCUGCCGUCAGUAUGCCGGCAAUCCCAAUCCCAGGCUGCAAGCUUGCGGACCAUUCGGCCUUUAUCCACUUCUUCGAAUGUCCUCGCGAGCUUCCGGGACCGCACCCGAUCGAUGGAGAGCCAAAUUCUGAACCGCGACGCAGAGAGCUCAAGUGAAUCUUCGCCGCUAUCUGCCAUCACGAAAAUGAUGCAGGGUGACAGCUCCUCGAGCUCUGCCUCCCGGGUUCGCUCCGACUACGCGCGGCUGGCUGAAAGCCUCGAAGCCGAUAUGAUGAAGAAUCCCUACGCCGACCGUGCCCCUCCUCACCACCUCCAUGUCUUCUGCCACAAACACAACACAAUGAUCACUUUGACACGGCCCAACGGUAACCCACUCAUGUCCUUGGGCUGUGGUAACAUUGGUUUCCGCAAAGCUGGUCGUUCCGGCUUUGACCCUGCCUACCAAUUGUCGUCACACGUGAUGUCCCAGAUCUCUGAGCGUGGAUACCUGAUGGAUAUUAAGCGACUUGAGAUUGUCUACCGUGGCUUUGGAAAGGGCCGGGAAGCAUUUACCAAGGUCCUUCUUGGAAAUGAGGGACGCAACAUCCGUGGGCUUGUGAGCCGAGUGACCGACUCUACCCGUGUGAAGUUCGGUGGUACACGUAGCCGGAAGGUCCGCAGACUGGGUUGA